GGGCGGCGCUCAGCCGCAGUCAGUCGGCGACGUGAGGAUGACGAUGAGCGCGAAGAGGCUGGAGCUCCUGCUGCUGGUGGCGGCGGUCUGCGGGGCAGCGGCCGGCCACAAGCUGCUGCUGGUGUCGUUCGACGGCUUCAGGUGGGACUACGACCAAGACGUGGACACGCCCAACCUGGACCGGCUGGUGCGGGACGGGGUCAAGGCCAAGUACAUCACCCCGCCGAUGCUGACCAUGACCUCGCCUUCCCACUUCACCACCAUAACCGGCCGGUGGGUCGAGGACCACGAGGUCGUCCACAACAUGAUGUACGACGCCAAGACGAACCUGAAGGUUGCUCACAAACUGACGUUGACCAGAUCAGAGUGGUGGGACAACGGAGUGCUGCCGUUAUGGAUCACAGCUCAGAACCAGGGGCGGAAAACUGCCUCCUUCCACUUCCCAGGAGGUGGCGCCAACUACAGCGGGCAGGCGGUGGACCGAGUGCUGGUGGAGCCGUUGGACCACCCGGACGACAACGAGACCGAGUGGCGUCAGAACAUCGACACGGUGAUGAGCUGGUUCACUGAGGAAGACUUCGACCUGGUGACACUGUACUACGGCGAGCCGGACAACGUGGGCCACGCCAAGGGCCCCGAUCACCCGGACAGGAAGGAGAUCGUCCGGCAGAUCGACCGCACCAUCGGUUACCUGAGGGAGGCCAUCGAUCGGCAUCAACUGAACGACAGCCUGAACGUCAUAAUCACCUCGGACCACGGCAUGACCACCGUCAAGAAGCGGCCACAGGUGGAAGAGAUCAUCCUCAACAAGUACCUGAAUCUACUCAAGCUCGCCAGUUUCGAGAUCCUCGACUACGGCGGCUUCGGCAUCCUGACGCCACGGCCAGGGAAGGAGCAGGAGGUGUUCGAUGCGCUGUCCAAGGCGCCCAACCUGACAGUCUACAGGAAAGACCAGAUUCCCGAGAGCUUCCAUCUCGGCAAGAGUGAGCGGCUGCCUCCCAUCGUGGUCGUCGCAGAUCUGGGAUUCAACCUGAACUCUAGGUUCAUCGUCUACGUCAACAAAGGCGACCACGGCUACCACAACGGGGAGAUGGACAUGAAGACCAUCUUCAGGGCCUUCGGGCCUGACUUCAGGAGGAACUUCCUGUCCGAGCCGUUCGACAGCGUCCACAUCUACCCUCUGAUGUGUCAACUACUUCGGAUCGAACCGGCGCCGCACAACGGAUCGCUGACGGUGACCGAGAAGAUGCUGCUGCACAGCGGAGGAUCACAGGUCUCAGCUCCAGGGUCAGUGACUCUGCUGCUGCUCAUCAUGUUCAACGUGCUGUAACAGACCCAGGAUCAGAUCUACAGACCCAGGAUCAGAUCUACAGAUCCAGGAUCAGGUCCUGGAUCAGAUCUACAGAUCCAGGAUCAGUUUUGUGGAACAGGCUUUUAUAGUUUGUCAUCUCUACCAUCACUCUUCUGACUCAUUCAUUUUAUCUCUGUGAAUUAUCUUUGCUUAAUAUUUAUCAUAAGUGUUUUUUUUCUUAUUUUAUUUUGCUACAAGUGAUUAAGUGUUUUUUGUUGUGAUGCCUCUGACGAGUUUCAGUUGUUAAGUUUUGUCUUUGUGCAAAUUUCAGAAAUAAAUCUGAAGAAUUAUUAAUGAA